AACAGUCAUCAGUACUGACCACACCUGAUGGAAUCCUAGUUGUUAUGCCUGACGGUGACUGUGCCCCUGAUUCUGCUGACAGCGGUGACGACAAAGAUUCCGGACAGGUGCCAGAAUCAUCUUGCUUGACAAAAAGUGAUUCCAACGAUGGAGAUAGCCAACAGGAGUGUUCAGACAGUGAAUUUACAGAAAGACAACAACAACAAGAGACCAUUAACACCCUUCAGCAGAAUGAUUGUGAUGCUGCUUGUACUGACAGAGACAAAAUUGAAACUGUGAAACAGAAUUUUCGAAAGAGAAAAAAAUUAGAAGACUGUGUUAGCCAGCUUAAAGAAGAUUGUUUGAGUUUGAGCCAGAUGCAGAGAUCUAGUGGUCAUGGGCAGCACCGUCCGGCGGCUUCCUUGGAACAGUGUCUUCAGGCACAAACUGAUGGAGCAGGAGAUUCCAGUCCGUAUGACUUUGUUAAGAUUAAAACGGAACCAAAUGACCACAGCGAAUUGCAAUUUUGCUACGAUCAAGAUGUUAUUGGUCAAAACUUGACCAGUGACUACCAUUCCAAUUUUGGUUACAGUAAUCGAGGAAUUCAUCGGUAUCCUGGCAAUUCGGAAAUGUUUGGUAGGAACAAAAGGAAGCGUAGUGUAACUAGUAUGUGCAAAGUAAAUUUGAAAGACGAUUCUGGAAAAGAAGAUGAUGAAGUGCAUAAAUUCCGCACCUGCCAGCGGCAAAAGGCAAAAAGACUGAAGUUAUUUCAGCAUGAAACUAGUGAUCCUGAACUGCUGUCUGUGUUGGAAGAAAGACGAAAAAUGUUUGAACAUAAUUACAAAAGCACAGACCAGCAGUGCUCAAAGAUGCUUAAGUUUUCUCUACGGAAUUCAGGUAUAGAUUCUACAAGUCAUGGUAAUCAUAAUAAAAUUUAUGGUGCUUCAGCUGUGUGUUCUGAAAACGUACCAGGUGAGUCUGCUGAAGAUCCUGAAUCUUUAGUGGACGUGAAAGAGGAAAUGGAUUCUUUCUUUAGUUCUCAUCUGAGUGACUUUGGUGACAUGUGCAGUCGGUCUUCGGAUGAUUCAGAGUAUGAGCAAGAUGACAUUGGAGACGAAUGGCUUCCCAGUUCAGGGCAGAAACGGAAUUUCAGAAAACAACAAAAAUCCACAAAAUACACUUGUAACUCAGGUAACCGAACGAGACUGAAACAAAAAAGCACACUUUCUGAAGAAAUCCGGAGACAGAAAAAUACUGAAUAUAGGCGAAAACGGCGCCAAGAGCUGAGACUGUCAAAUCCAGAAAAGCUGCAGGAGGAGCGAGAAAAGGACCGAGCGAGGAAACAAAUGUUGAGAAAGCGUAAUCAGCUGCUGUUGUCUCUUCCUCCGGACCUGCUUUCUGAAGCUGCUGGUCUCGCAGGGAACUCGUCCAUCUUGGAUGAUGAUGGGAAUUCUCUUUCUGUUCCUUUUCCAUUCAGUCCUGGUGACAACAUCGAAGAUCUUAAGGAAAAGGAGGAACAAAGGAGGGCCACAAAUCGGGAUAGGAUGAGAAUGAAGAGAAUGCAGAUGGAUGCACCCAUUAAGGAGAAAAUAAAAAUAGUUAGUCGAGAGAAAAUGAGGCAGAGACGAGCACAGCUACGAGAGAGCGAUCCUGUGGCUGCAGCUCUUGAACGAGAGAGGCAGAAACUGAAGAAGAGAGAGGAACGAAAGCGAAACGCCAUCCUUCUGUCACUGCCAGACGAAACGCUCAAGGAGGCUGCAAACAACACGGAAAUCCUUCAGGCUGCUAUAGCUUCCUUGACUGAAGGAGCAAAAGGGAACAGUCCCCUGACACAGCUUCCUCUUGAUUCUGAAACUGCAGCUAACCUAGCCAAGCUGAGGAAUCACCUGGAAAUGAAGAGAGCAGAGGCAGCGGAACGAGUGAGAAGAAAACGAGCGGAAUUGCGUGAAAAAGACCCAGAGCAGGCUGCUGUUAUAAGGGAGCGAGAAAAAAUUCGCAAAAGAUUAGAAAGGAGGAGAAACACCCUUUUGCUUUCUUUGCCCCCCGACGAACUCGUCCGAGUCACAGUUGCUUCCAUUAACGAAGGAGACAAUGUCCCUUUCCAGCUGCCAAGCCUUCUAGCAUUAUCAUCAUCUGGACAAGUGAAUCCUGCUAACCUAUCCGGCCAUCUUGCAGCCACGUCAGCAGAGAGUUCCGAUCCAUCCACAUCACCAGCAGUCCCACAUCUAACGGAAGAACUCGUUAAAAUGAGAGAGAAGUUGGAGAGAAAAAGAGCUUUAGAUCGUGAACGUAUGCGACAGAGAAGAGCCAAGUUAAAAGAGAAUCCCGAGGCAGCAGCUGCUUUCAAGGAGAAGGAACGGCUGAGGAAGCAGAUGGAGAGGUGGAAGAAGAGCAUGGGACUCUUUGAUUCCACAAAGCCUCUCGAUGCUCCGUCACUCGAUCCUUCUCUGUUUGUGGCUGGAGCUGUUAGCAGCAACAUUUCAGGCAAAGAAGUAGCAGAUUCAUCGUUUGUGAACAAAUCACUGCUGUCCAUGUUUUCCCUGGGAGGUCCAGAUUUGUGUAGCCCACCACUGGAACAUUCUGGAAGGUGUACGAAAGUAUCUCAGGGUCAGUCUCCUGCUGAUCCUCAUAAUUCUGUGUUGUCAAACUCUCUGUCUAGCUUAAACAUGUCCGGUUCUUCUUCGGUGGAUUCAAACUUUAGUGUGUCUUCAGUGAACAGGUCAGAUCAAAAUGUGAAAUCACCUGGUUUUGAUGAUGUUCAGAAACAAAAUGGUGAGCACACAAAAACAGUGCCACCAUUACAUUUUAACGACCCCCACAAUGCAAAUAAGACUGCAUUGUCGCCAGAGGAAGUUGAUAAGUUUCCAAAAGGCUUUGAUUCAAAUGAAGAACAGGAUAUUCAAAUGGAUGUUGCUAGCAACAAGCAGCAUGAAGUUUAUGGAACAAACUUUACCCAUUCAGUUGCACAGUUGGUAUCUCCAAAUGUUAUGAGAAUAGUUCCAUCACUAUUUGAAGACGGUGCUCCCACUGAUAAUUCUUUCACCACUGCAGCCCAGUCAUCAAGUGCUAACCAUCUGGACAAUGAUUCAGCAGCAAGUGACCAGGACACUCUUCACAAUGAAAGACAAUCGGCACUGGUGAAAUCCGAAUUGAACAACAGUGAUGCCACUGCUCCCGAUUCAGCUGACGAAAUUGUCAGUAAGUCAUCACUGCAGGAUGUCAUGUGUGAAACGGCAGCCAGUACAGCAUGCUUACAAGACCCCAGCACGGUGAAGCGUGCACAGGAGUGGUUCAUCUAUCAACUGUCAAUUCUUCAGAAUAAGAUGGGAGACAGAUUCCUUCAGCUGGAUCCGAACCCGAAACAUCUGGAUCCUCUCCCUGGAGGAAUCGCCGCCCAGCUGUCGCCAAUGCAGCUGCUUCUUGUGCAACAGCUGAUUGGACCAAUGCCUGUGUUGUCUGACCAGUCGGUAGCCAAUCAGGUGCUCGAUCCGCACGCAUUUGAGAUGAAAUUGACUGAAAUGAUGAUCAAAGGUUACGAGUAUAGAGAACAGAACAGAACUCGUGCUAGGAAUUAUAGGGAUCGGUUGAAGCACGAUCCCGAUUACAAGGAGAAAUACGAACAAAAGAAGCUAAGAGAUCUGGAACGAAAACGCAUUCAUCGAGCGCGAGAAUCUGAAUUGAGACGUCUGUAUCCGGAAUACGAUGAGGCUCGGAGACUACAGCAGCGACAGAGACGAACCCGAAUUAAGGGGAAGAAGAAGAAGAAGAAUGAGGAUUCGGAGGAUUCUCAGAGUGAGAACGAUAUGUUACAGUUUGAGAUGUCUCAGUCGAUGAUGGAUGGCACGAACGAUCCAUUAGUGCAGGAUCUGAACAGAGUGACCUCUGAUAUUCUUAGUGUGUAUUCGAAGCUGGAUGGCGACCAAAACAGAUCAAAAUUGUCCACUGACAAAGUGGCCAGUGGGUAUAAUUUAAGAGAUGUAUCAAGUGCUAAGAAAUUGAAAUUUGUGUACGACGAAAAUUAUGAUGAUUCAUUGGACUCAGAACCCAAUAAAUCCACAAACCUUUCAAAGAGUAAGGCAGCAGACGGAAAGUUGCCAUAUAGGGAUUUUGAAAAUUCUUCCGAUUCUGAUGAUGACGAUGAUUCUCUUUCAGACGAUGAUGAAUCCUCCACUGUGUUGGAUGCUUCACAAUAAGAGAUUCCACAUUCUCUGUUUUGGGCCAUUAUGGGGUAGGGAAGGGGGUGCGUCAGCUUUUGAAUACAGUCAGGCAAGUGUGUAUGCUGACAACAGCAUUACAUGAUUUUUGAGGGUGUGUGAUCUUAUCAUUACUAUACAGGGGCAUGUGCCAAAUUUUUUAUUAAGUAAUUGUUGAAUGGCCCCUUAUGUUACUGUUCUAUGUUACGGUCACAUAAACAAUCAUGUUUGAAAGUUAAUGGCUGCAUUUGAAAUGCAAAAUGACUAGGUUCAGCAAAAGAGGUAAAGUGUUGAUCCCACUGGCUGGAGGUUUUUGUUAAGUAAAUUUCAGCAUCAAAAACAAUUAUAUUUUUCAAGCAUUUUAUCAUUAACUUAAUAAUGAAGUUGGAAUAUUGUACUGUAAAAUAUAGUCGUCACAGAUGUUACACUACACAGUGCAAUGCACCAGUGGAUUAAUUAUUUUUUACAAGCUGGCAUUUACAAACAAUUCUUUUAUCAUUUAAUUUUAUUUUAUCUGAUAAAAUAAUUUGACAACUAUAUACAUACAUGUUUAUUAUAUAACAUUUGGUGAAACAUGAACUAUCCUCUAUUUAAAAAAACAUAAAUAUUUGAUAGAAUAUCAGGUUACUGCAUUUUAAUCAUGUUUAUUUGGAAAAGUUUAGAACAAGUUUAGUUUAGCUUCAGCGAGCCUGUUACAUUCAGAAAUAGGGCGAUUACUUGACAAAAGUAAUCCAUUACGAUUAUGAUUACUUAAGAAUGUCACAAUUACAAUUACAAGAAAAUUGAAAGUAAUCGAUUACGAUUGCGAAUACAUUGUCCAGUAAUCAUGAUUACAUUUCCACAAAUAUGCAUAAAUAAUUAAAUUUUCUUAACAACAUCAAAUUAUUGUCUUUCUUUCAUAACCAUACCGAUUUUAUACUAUGAGAGUAGUAGACUUGUAAUGGAAGAUCAGUUCUACUGAUUGACCAGUACUGCUUCUAACUAUAGGCACUCUUACUGGAAUUGAUGCUAAAAAUAUCUACGUUUAGUAAAUAAUUAUGAGUAAUCAUGCAAGUAAUUGCUGACGAUUGCGAUUACAUGAAAACAUGUAAUUGAUUGUAUUACAUUUACUGAUUACGAUUACUCCAUCGCUGGUUACAUUGUUAUCAAACUGACUGAAAUAAACAUGUUAUCAUGCAACCCCUAUCAUGCUAUAUAUACUGAUGGAAAGAAAUAAGGGAACACAUCAAAUUGUAGACCAAAUUUAAUUCACAACUAGUAUAGUAAUGUCUGUAUUUCAUACUAAGUUGUAAUGUGGGAUUGAAUGUCUGUA